AUGGUUUCGAAUGAUUGCGUUCGCGUCUACGAGCUUGGUGGCUUCCUGUAUGAAGUUCACAUGGACCUUCGCGGUGGUUUCAUAGCGAGAGCCAUUGAUGUGAGACAGUAUGCCGGAUUGCUGGACCUUGUUCGCCCUAAGUGCUGCAGUUCCCUGGAUUAUACCCAGGCUCUGGCUGCGGCCAAGGCUCGGGCUGGGGGCAAGCAGUCUGAGUUUGAUGAUUUGGAGAAGGCUUCGGCUAUGUGUGAUGAUGAGAUUCGAAAGCUUGGUGGGCACGACUGGUGGGCUAUUGCGCGCCUGGUGAAGGAACGGAAUGAGUUGUUCAAGGGCCUGGCGAAGUACCGGGAUGAAUUGGCCAAGGGUCUCAAGGUCUGCAGCGAGGCAAAGGGUGAGGAUGAGGCAAAGAAGUAA